UACAAAACAAUAACAAACGAACCUAACAAACUGAUUACUACUUGAGUAUUUCAGAAAAAGAACCAGAAUAUUAAAAAUCUUGAAUGCCAAUACUAUUAUUUGUAACUCAGUAAUUUAUAACUUAUUAUGGCAGAAUAUGACGGCAAGUAUUUAUUGGAAAACUUUAACCACAUUUGUCGGUUCUGUUUGUCGGAAGACAACUGUGUUGAAAUCCUUGACGAUGGGAUGGUCAAUACAGCGUUGGAAAAAGCCAUUGAUUUCAUAGUUUCUAAGGUCGAUGAAAAUGACGGUCUUCCAAACAAAAUUUGCCAGAAAUGUGUCAAAUGUGUUGUGGAAUUUGCGGAGCUUGAACAACGGUGCCAGGAAGCAUAUGAAGUACUCAUAAAAGUAUCAGAACAAGCAGUCGAAUCACAGGACUGUGACCAAAUAUUGCGUGAAGAUGAUCUUGAGGAAGACGGAAUAACGGUGGAAGCAUUGGAAAUGGAUGAUGACAAUGAUGAAUCUCUUGGUGACAUAAUUGACAUAGGUAAGGAAGAGUUAAUCGAACCCGAUACCGUUGAAGAACCGGAAGCCCUUCGAUCGCAAACCCAGAGAAAGGUCAAAGUAUGUCCCAUAUGCGGAAAAAGCGUUUCUCAACUCAGCAAGCACCUGCCAAUGCAUUCCGAUGUGAAACGGCACGUUUGUUCUUUUUGCUCUAAGCAAUUUGCCCACGAUACCACUCUCAGGAAGCACAUCAAUUCGAUUCAUCUGAAGCUGAAAAAAUAUCAGUGCAAGCAAUGCCAGGAAUCAUUUACGGAUCCCAGCUCGCUACGGUAUCACAAUACGACGAAACACCAAAAUACUAAGAAUUUCACCUGCACUAUCUGUAAUAAAUCCUACUUCACGUCGACGGGACUCCAGCAGCACAACAGUUUGAACCACGAGCAACGGAAGUACAAAUGUUAUGAAUGCGGGAAAAUGUUCGCCAUGAAAUAUCAUUUGAAGGAGCAUGAAAAAACUCACUCUGAUAUUCGACCUUAUGCCUGCAACGUGUGUGAUAGAACUUUCAAGCGUCCCAAGAAUUUGAAGGAACAUCUAUCUGUGCACAAAGACGAAGAUGUUUAAUUCGGGCAUAGGUAUUAAAAAUUAAUUCUGCCCUUGCAUAGAAAUAUAUAAAUACCGAAUUUCUAAAACAUGAAAUAGAGUUUU